AUGUCUCUCCUCUUGUUUGUCCUCCUUGCACUAGUCUUCGUCGUUCUCUUCCUCCUGCUCCUUCUCCCCGUCCUCCUCAGACCUUAUCGUGGUCCGGCAUGGCCUCCAGCACGAUUUCAUUCGAUUGAAAUCCACUCAUUACACUUUCUUGAAAAAUUCCUCCCUGGUUUAAAGGAUUCAGUUCGAUUGCAACCAAACAGCGCCAUGGCGGCGGGUGGCGUUCGGGUGGACACUGCGCUUGCACCAUGUCUAGUGCUGGGCUAUGCCGACAUCUCUUCCUCGGGCGCGCGGGCCGUCAUGCUCCUGAGAGAGCUCCUCAACAAGGAAGUUCCGGAAGCAAGGAGGACAGGAUCAACGGGGACCCUGUGGUAUCGCCAUGACAACGGAGUACAGCGGGAUUGUGCGAUAGCAUGGGCGGGGGUCGAUCCUCUAGCUAACCUCUACGUCGAUACAUUUUACAAUGAUAGCGGAGAAGCAGUGCUGUCUUUGAUAUGCCUCAACUCACAGAUCGUUGAGAAGAGCACGUCGUCGGUAGCUCUCAGCCUGGUGCAGAAGAUCAUACAGGAUGAGGUGAAACAAGUCUAUCUGCUAUGCGGCUUGAGAUUCAACCCGAAAGCAGACAGCCUCCAAGAUAAAGUCCACUUCUCCUCCCUUGGCCCGAGCAACAUUGAGCACCAGCACCUGCCGGAGUUCGAUCCGCGGACGAGAUUGAACGACAGCUUCAUGUCAGCCUUUGUUCAGCUCCUGAAACUUGAGAAGGGCAUUGAAACAACUCUCUGCAUCGUCCCUGCCCAUCGUCUCCCUACCCCUCUCUGCCUCAACCUCCCCCCGUGUGAGCCGGACAGCAGCAAGGGCACCUAUAUCAACCUGAUCCUGGCGAUCGAGAAUCUAGCGCUUGGGGGCGUCAUUAAGGUAUCUUCAGCUCUAGUCUUGUCGUGUGUCUGA